AUGGAGAUCUCCCUGGACGCGCUGCUGGGUGUGCAGAGGCACGAGCAGGACCUGGCCUACCGCCUCGCGCAGGGCGUCUCGGGGCUGCUCCUCCACCUCCACGUGCAGACGCCGCAGCUCCCGUGGCCCGCCCCACCUCUCAAGCUCCUCCCCUUCGACAUCGAGCUCCCCGCCGCCCCCUUCGCGGUCGGCGUCGACCUCCCGGCCGUGGCCGUCGCGUCCUUCGUGGAGAUCGGCGGCAGGCUCGGGCAGGCCGGGUCCGACCUCGGCGCCUCUGUCGGCGGCGCUAUGCAGCAGCUGUCGCGGCAGCUUCCCGCGUCGUUCCGCGCGCGGCGCCGGAAGUGGGAGGGGUCCGCCGUGCCGCCGAAGCCCGCGGCGGCGGUGGACGAGGGGGAAGCGAGGCUCGCCGCGGAGAGGGCUGCCGAGGGCGGGGUAGCCUUGGAGGGCGUCGAGGAAGGAGGCUCGGGUCGGAAUAUUAUUCUACAAUCAGUUGUAGAAUAG